AUGUCGGUCCAGAUGACAAGCCCAGCUGCGCUCAUGACCGAUUUCGACGUGCUGACCAUGCUCACGUCGUCGUCUCCUCCUUCUUUCAAACACAAAACUGCUAUUGGGAUCGCUAACAACCGCUACAAACGCCGUGAAGCGCCUCUAGAUCCUCUAUUGUUGGCCGCAGCGAUCUCGUCUGGACCCCAUGUCACGCGUCACCACUAUCAUCAUCACCAGCCGAGUAUUCAAGAAGUAGAGGGACUGCUCGCAUCCUCUUCGACAAAUGAUGCCAGCUCGUCCCAGCCCAAUCCCACCGGUGCCGACGCUCCCAAGCCAAAAUACCAGAGUCAACAAGCUCCAAGGAGUGAGCGACUCAAGCAAAAAGAAGAGGCGCAACAUAACGAGAAUCAGCGCGAGCCACUCGGGGUUGUAGCCAAUCUCCCUAGACGACCCCGAGGACCCUCACUGUUACAACCGAUAUUUGCAGAACCAGCCAAAACAAGCUCAAAUGUUAUUGGAGCAGGCCCUCCGGCACCUUCACCAUUUGUCCUCAGUUCGUCCCCAUCUACCCUCUCACCACCAAUCAUCCGGCAUCUACCCCCAGCACCACUCCAGGUCCAAUGCAUGGCUAGGACGCGGAUUCCAACUCCUCAUGGACCAGUCUUCUUGCACUUGUACCGGAACAACAAGGAUAUGAAGGAGCAUCUCGCCUUUGUGGCCGAUCCAGAUCAACUCCGAGAUGACUAUACUAUCGAUACACAUUCGAUCAGAAGCGCCAGCCUAGAAGCCCGAUGGUCAGACGACGAGACCGACCUCGAUCGCCUAGCCCGUGGCGCAUAUGUCGGACGUCUAACGCCUACAACUCAACGAGCAUCUGAACCUGGCUUGUCGACAUCCUCUUCGGACAAUGUGCUUCCGCCUCUUGUCCGCAUUCACUCUGAGUGCUUUACAGGCGAGACGAUUGGAAGCAUGCGAUGCGACUGUGGGGAGCAAUUGGAUGAAGCGCUGCGCCUCAUCUCUCUCCCUCGUUCUUCCACCUCUCCAGGCCGGGGUGCUGUCAUCUACCUUCGACAAGAGGGGAGAGGGAUCGGGCUACUGUCCAAGAUUCGUGCAUACAAUCUUCAAGACAUGGGUCAUGAUACCGUCCAGGCAAAUCUAUUGCUCGGUCACGGCGCGGAUGAGCGGCGGUAUGAUAUCGCUGCUGCCAUUAUGCGUGAUCUAGGGCUGGAUAGCGGCGUCGAGCUCUUGACGAACAAUCCCGACAAGGUGAAGAGUCUCGAGGUCGAAGGUAUCAAGGUUCUCAAGCGGCGGGAGAUGGUUCCGCGGAGCUGGCAGCAGAACCGGGAGCACGUACAUGUCGCUGGUGAUAAUCACGAUGCUCGUGUAGCGGGUGCGACGCUGAUUGGGGGUGGUAUCACCUAUGGACCAGAGUUGGAGAAGUACCUUAGAACCAAAGUGGAGAGGAUGGGACACAUGCUGGAGCUCCCACCUCAAUAG